UAAUGCCAAAAAGUGAAAAAGAGCACAGAUUUCACGGCAAUUUUUUUCGUAUAGAAGAAUUUAAACAAUAAAUUUAAAACAAAAUAAAUAAAUAUUAUGUUAAACUAGUAAAAGAAAUUACAAAAAUUAUAAUAAAUUAAAAAAACAAAGUUAAAAAAAUAUAUUGCCAGUAGCAAAAGCUAAGGAAAAAAAAUUGCUGUCUAGCAGAUACGUAAAAAAAAUACACAGAACAUAAAAAUAAAAUAAAAAACGACACAAGUGAAGGCUACCACAAAAGCUAAGGCAGUGGUUAGAGGAGAAAACCAUCAUAUAAACAUCAGCCAGCACACACAAGCACUAUUUAAAAAGCUGGCUCUAACUGGCUAAAUAAAGGUGCUUAAUAAUUAACAUUUUUUUGUUGUCCUGUAAAAUCCUUUUAACAAAACGAAAAAGAAAAACAAUUAUAUAGAAAAAGAAGAUUCUCAACUACGAAGACAAAAAAAGACCCCUCCCCUCUUGAAGGCUGGGGUUUUUUAUAACAAUCAAAGCAUUCACUAACUACAGGGACAUAAGGUAAUCCAAACAUGAUGAACAAUUAUGGCAAUAUGAUGAUGGGCGAACAAUUUCGCAAAAUGGAAUCAAAUUAUUCACCAAAAUCCUCACCACAUGGUGGCCGUUCACCCGUAGUCUCGCGACAAGAUUCAUCGGGUACGCUGAAGGCCACAAUAUCGCUGGGUAAAACACCCACUAUUAUACAGACGGGACCAUUCUAUUCGCUGAAAGAACCACCUGGGAAGGGUGAACUGACAGGGGAUAAAGAUCUCAUGACUGAAUAUGGUUUGCAUCAUACGCUGACCAAAUUUAAGGAUAAAAAAGUCAAAGAAUCACUAGCCUCAUUUCUGCCGAAUCUACCAGGAAUCUAUGAUGGAAUGAAUAACUUGGAAAAUAGUACAUUACGUAGUGUUAUUGAUAAACCACCCAUAGUUGGCAAAGAAUUGUUACCUUUAUCUGCAGUACAAUUAGCUGGUUUCAGAUUACAUCCCGGACCGUUACCGGAGCAAUACAGAGCCUUAAAUACAACACCCGCACGUAAACAUAAAAAUAAACAUAAAAAACAUAAACACAAAGAUGGACAACAGCCACCAGAAACAAAUUUAAUGGAUUCUUCCGGCUUGGAAACGUACGAAAAGAAACAUAAAAAACAAAAGCGUCAUGAAGAUGAAAAAGAGCGAAAAAAACGCAAAAAGGAAAAGAAACGUAAAAAGAAAUCUCACAGUCCUGAACCGCCCUCAUCGGGUGGUGUUUCACCCAUGUUGGGUCCUACGGGUACUAGUACUAUGUUAGGCCCUAGCGGUAUGCCUAUGCAACAGGGUAUUGUGGGGGGUGUGGCCGGCGGUGGUGGCGGCUCUGGGCCAGGCGGUAUGAUGGGUGGUAAUGUAGGCGGAGGCUCUGGUAGUUUACAGGGUCUAUCUGUGGGGGGUGCCAAUAAUCCACUGGGGUCUGGGCCUGGGGUAACAACAAUGUCAGGCCCUGGUGGCAUGAUGAUGCCACAACAAGCUUCUUUAUUUUAGUUAAAAUUUAACAAAAAAAAAACACACACACAUACAUAUAUUUACUAAAAAAAAAGUUUUAAGUCAUUUUUUAUUAGUUUUCUUUUGCUAUACUUUUGUUUUUUUUUUUUAGUUUAAAAUUGUGUUAUUCUCACUCCUCAUGUUUUCCUAAUUAUCCAGCUAAUUUUAUUACUUAAUUCUUAGUCCAACUAUUGUAAUAAAACAAAACUUUAAAUGAAAGUUUUCUUUAGCUGAUUAUGAGUAAAAAUUGUAUC